CUGAGCGGGCGGCUGACUGAGCCGCGCACCGGGAGAGUCGGGAGGCGCGGGGCGGCGAGCGGGCCCGAGCUGACAGAUACCGGCGCGGCCAGGACAGCGAGCGAGCGGACGGGCGAGUGCAGGACGCAGCCAUGAUCACCUCAGCCGCUGGAAUCAUUUCUCUUCUGGAUGAAGAAGAACCACAGCUUAAGGAAUUUGCACUACACAAAUUGAAUGCAGUUGUCAAUGACUUCUGGGCAGAAAUCUCGGAGUCUGUAGACAAAAUAGAAGUUUUAUAUGAAGAUGAAGGUUUCCGGAGUCGGCAGUUUGCAGCCUUGGUGGCAUCUAAAGUAUUUUAUCACCUGGGGGCUUUUGAGGAAUCUCUGAAUUAUGCUCUUGGAGCAGGUGACCUCUUCAAUGUCAAUGAUAAUUCUGAAUAUGUGGAAACUAUUAUAGCAAAAUGCAUUGAUCACUAUACCAAACAGUGUGUGGAAAAUGCAGAUUUGCCUGAGGGAGAGAAAAAGCCAAUUGACCAGAGACUGGAAGGCAUUGUAAAUAAAAUGUUCCAGCGAUGUCUAGAUGAUCACAAGUACAAGCAGGCUAUUGGCAUUGCUCUGGAGACACGAAGACUAGAUGUGUUUGAGAAAACUGUACUAGAGUCGAAUGAUGUCCCAGGAAUGCUAGCAUAUAGCCUUAAGCUCUGCAUGUCUUUAAUGCAGAAUAAACAGUUUCGGAAUAAAGUCCUAAGAGUUCUGGUUAAAAUUUACAUGAACUUAGAGAAACCGGAUUUCAUCAAUGUUUGUCAGUGCUUAAUUUUCUUAGAUGAUCCUCAGGCUGUCAGUGAUAUCUUAGAAAAACUGGUAAAGGAAGACAACCUUCUGAUGGCUUAUCAGAUUUGUUUUGAUUUGUAUGAAAGUGCUAGCCAGCAGUUUUUGUCAUCUGUAAUCCAGAAUCUUCGAACUGUCGGUACCCCUAUUGCUUCUGUGCCUGGAUCCACCAAUACGGGUACUGUUCCAGGAGCAGAAAAAGAGAGUGAGACAAUGGAAACAGAAGAAAAGACAGGCAGUGCACUAGUAGGAAAAACACCAGAGGCGAGUCCAGAGCCCAAGGACCAGACUUUGAAAAUGAUUAAAAUUUUAAGUGGUGAAAUGGCUAUUGAGUUACAUCUGCAGUUCCUAAUAAGAAAUAACAACACAGACCUCAUGAUUCUAAAAAACACAAAGGAUGCAGUACGGAAUUCUGUAUGUCAUACAGCAACUGUUAUAGCAAACUCUUUUAUGCACUGUGGGACUACCAGUGACCAGUUUCUAAGAGAUAACUUGGAAUGGUUGGCCAGAGCAACAAACUGGGCAAAAUUUACUGCUACAGCCAGUUUGGGUGUAAUUCAUAAGGGGCAUGAGAAGGAAGCAUUACAAUUAAUGGCAACCUACCUUCCAAAGGAUACUUCUCCAGGAUCAGCCUAUCAGGAAGGUGGAGGUCUCUAUGCACUGGGUCUCAUUCAUGCCAAUCAUGGUGGUGACAUAAUUGACUAUCUGCUCAAUCAGCUCAAGAAUGCCAGCAAUGAUAUCGUUCGACAUGGAGGCAGUCUGGGCCUUGGUUUGGCUGCCAUGGGAACUGCUCGCCAGGAUGUCUAUGAUUUGCUUAAAACAAACCUUUACCAGGAUGAUGCUGUGACAGGAGAAGCAGCUGGCCUGGCUUUAGGUUUGGUUAUGUUAGGCUCUAAAAACGCCCAGGCCAUUGAGGAUAUGGUUGGCUACGCACAAGAAACUCAACAUGAGAAGAUUCUGCGUGGUCUUGCAGUUGGCAUUGCAUUAGUGAUGUAUGGGAGGAUGGAAGAGGCUGAUGCUCUCAUUGAAUCUCUCUGCCGUGAUAAGGACCCAAUUCUUCGAAGGUCUGGAAUGUAUACCGUAGCCAUGGCUUAUUGUGGUUCUGGGAACAACAAAGCUAUUCGACGCCUCCUUCAUGUUGCUGUAAAAUUUAGAAGUUUGGGGUCAUUAUUUCUGGACCCUCACCCUUCUCUUCGAGACUCCCAGCAGGUGGAUAUCACACAGUCACUGGCACCUUACUAUGUAGCCCAAGCUGGUCCUGAUGUCAACAUGCCUUCCAAUGCCUUCAUACUCUUAUUUCUCCUCAGGACCCCUGAGCAGUGUCCCAGUGUGGUUUCUUUGUUGUCAGAGAGCUACAACCCUCACGUGCGCUACGGAGCGGCCAUGGCCCUGGGGAUCUGCUGUGCUGGCACGGGACACAAGGAAGCAAUUAAUUUGCUAGAGCCAAUGACAAAUGACCCUGUGAACUACGUGAGGCAGGGCGCGCUCAUAGCUUCAGCUCUCAUCAUGAUCCAGCAGACCGAAAUCACUUGUCCAAAGGUGAAUCAGUUUAGACAGCUAUAUUCCAAAGUCAUCAAUGAUAAACACGAUGAUGUCAUGGCCAAGUUUGGCGCUAUUCUGGCCCAGGGCAUACUGGAUGCAGGUGGUCAUAACGUCACAAUCUCCUUACAGUCCAGGACUGGACAUACUCAUAUGCCUUCUGUGGUUGGCGUCCUUGUCUUUACCCAGUUCUGGUUCUGGUUUCCUCUUUCACACUUCCUGUCAUUGGCUUAUACCCCUACCUGUGUCAUUGGCCUUAACAAGGACUUAAAGAUGCCGAAAGUUCAGUAUAAAUCAAACUGUAAACCAUCCACAUUUGCAUAUCCUGCCCCUCUGGAAGUUCCAAAAGAAAAAGAAAAGGAAAAGGUUUCUACUGCUGUGUUAUCUAUUACUGCCAAAGCUAAAAAGAAGGAAAAGGAAAAAGAAAAAAAGGAGGAAGAGAAAAUGGAAGUGGAUGAGGCAGAGAAAAAGGAAGAAAAAGAGAAGAAAAAAGAGCCUGAACCAAACUUCCAGUUAUUGGAUAAUCCCGCUCGAGUUAUGCCUGCCCAGCUUAAAGUCCUAACCAUGCCAGAGACCUGUAGAUACCAGCCUUUCAAACCACUCUCCAUUGGGGGCAUCAUAAUUCUGAAGGACACCAGUGAGGACAUUGAAGAGCUGGUAGAACCUGUAGCCGCACAUGGCCCGAAAAUUGAGGAGGAAGAGCAAGAGCCAGAACCUCCAGAACCAUUUGAAUACAUUGAUGAUUAAGGACCAGAGGAUCUCGUUGGCUUAUCUGAAGAAGACUCCAGGCUCACCUUGGAAAUGCCCGUGAGGGACCUUGUGCUGAGACUGCCACUCAAUGCAUGUAUCAUUGCCUCUGCGCUCAUCUGAAGAACCUUGUCUCCAAGUCUUUGGUUGAAGAGAAGAUAUAUGACUAUUUAGUGUGCUCUUUCACAGAACUUGGUUUUGAAAUAAAUAUAUUAAAAUCUCCAGACAA